AUGCAACAACUGUUGGGUGAAUUAGCGAAACAUAAGUACAUUGAGCUUUAUCGAUGUGAGGAUGGCUCUAUGACUGUCACAGACUUGUUUUGGGUACAUCCAGUGAGUUUGGAUUUGCUUCGUACAUUCUCUCGUGUGUUGGUUAUGGAUUGCACAUAUAAGACGAAUAGAUAUCGGCUUCCUCUUCUUGAAAUUGUGUUACAAAUAUUGCGUGAUCUUAUAGACAACAGUGUUUUACCUAAAGUCAUUGUCACCGAUAGAGAGCUUGCUUUGAUGAAUGCUAUUGACAACACUUUUCCGAAUGCUCGACAUUUGUUAUGUCGUUGGCAUAUUAAUAAGAAUGUAUUGAUGAAAUGCAAGAAAAUGUUUGAGACAAAAGAAAAAUGGGACAAGUUUAACACGCACAUUCAAGUUAAAGCAUCAUUCGAGAAGAGUUUGACAACUGUUCAACGUCAAUUCAAACCUUCUCAAUUCAGAGAGCUCUGGGGUAAUAUGUCUAUCUGUGCAUUGGAGUAUGUGUUGGCAAAGAAUUACAUGAGACAAGGCCGUCUUAUUCCAUUCAAUAGCAUAGAUGUACAUUGGACGCGACUUACUAUAUGUGUGCAUAAUCCGAAGGUUGAGAAAUUGGAAUUGACUUGUAUCCCAGAACUUGAGAUGAUUUUGAAGCGGUUCAAUGAGUCUGAUAUUGCCAUGCAAUUGGAUAUGUUGAAGAAGUUGACGAAAAUUGCAAAUCCAGCGAACACUUUUCUUAUUGAGCCUGAUAGCACAUUAGCUUCCCAUCAGUCAAAGAAAAAGAGAGCUUCGAAAGUGCGUGAUAAGAAGCAGAAUGUGAAAACAAAGACAUAUUGUACAAGAACAAGUUUACCGAGUGCAUAUGCUGGUGACUUCCCGUCUAUGUUAAUACCAUUCACAAAGUUGAUGAAUGAUAUAGAUGGUGAUGAGAAUUGUGAUUUUAGAACUAUUGCGGGUUUACUUGGUCUUGGAGAGAAUAACUGGGUGCAAUCUUGUACCACUUGUCGUUGCAACAGUCUUACUUUCUUACCUUUGAGAUCACCACCAGUAACCCUAACUGAUCGUCGCGAGAUUGCCAUUGGAUUUGUCAAUGGAAAUCAUUUUGUACAGCCUGGUCAUCCAGUUCCUCCCAUUGCUGUGCUUUGGCGAGUUCACCAUUAG